CAAACUAUGGAUAUCAGAAGAGAUCGUGAAAAGUGAAGAGUAUCCACUGUGUUUGGUUUUCAAAGAACCAGCUGUUGCUGACCUCAAUGUUCAGCAGGUAUUUCCGCCAGGAUCACCUGGUUAAUGAAAAGAUGACGUCAUGCUUAAACUAGUCCAUGUUUACCAGAAGUAGGUGCAGCUGACGGAUCGAAUAUUCAUAAAGAUCUCUCCCACAAGUGUUUGCACUGCUUGCCAGUAAAUCCUCAGAUUUUGUUUGUUUGUUUGUUUGUUUGUUUGUUUGCUCUGAUGAAGAGCCAGAAGAAGUUGUAGAAUCACGUGACCACACUUCAAAGCCUAGCAGUUCUUGUAGUGAGCGCUCUUCUCAAUCCACGAUCUUCGUCCGGUGGUUAUCGGACCGGAAGCGUCCCGGCGGUUCGUCCCCCCCCCGCCGGUGGCUCCAGCAGACCGAGCGGCUGGCAGCGGACGGACGGCAGUGCGGCAGCAGCGAUGCCUCUCCGGGUGGUGAUUCAGGGUCCCGGGCCCUGGGGCUUCCGGCUGGUGGGGGGGAAAGACUUCGAGCAGCCGCUCGCUAUUUCGCGGGUAAGUCGGUUUCCGGUUGUCCGCGUCAACCGGUACCGUUUAGUCUGCUCGGGAAGUAAGUUAGCCCCGGAAUAACGGGAGGGUAAGCGCGCGCGCUCCUCUGUUGCCCUAGUUAGCCUUUGAGGUGCGUUCACGUACCGCUUGGACUGUUUCCAAGCGGUACCAAAGAACUUUUCAGAGGAUUUCGAGUUCUGGGUAUUUUUUAUUUUUCACUUUCGUCGUGAGUGGAUGUUAAAAACGGAAGUUCCGCGCUUCAGCCCGCCAGGUCAACACAGGAAGCAAAGCAGCCCAGGCCAACCUGUGCAUUGGUGACAUCAUCCUGGCGAUCGACGGAGAACCCACAGACAACAUGACUCACCUGGAGGCUCAGAACAAGAUCAAGGCUUGUGGCGAUGAAAUGGUGCUCUCCGUGGACAGGUCAGAGGCCAAGCUGUGGUCGCCGCUCUCCGCUGACGAAGGGAAGUCUCAUCCCUACAAGAUGAAUCUGGCAUCAGAGCCGCGGGAGGUGAAACACAUUGGCUCCACCCACAACAGGAGCGCUUUGCCUUUUGCUGGCUUUGGCCCCAAAGUGGUGACCAACCAGUACAACAGUCCGUCUGGUCUGUACUCGUCAGACAACAUCAGGGACUUGGACUCUGCUGUGGACGCCGUGCAGACCAUGACCGUAUCAGGAGAACCCAGCAGAGCUCCUUCGGAUCCGUCUGCUGCAGCGACGAGGCCGGCCGUCACCGCCGGUUCUGAAGUCUACAAGAUGCUGCAGGAGAACCAGGAGUCGGACGAGCCGCCGCGGCAGUCCGCCUCCUUCAAGGUGCUGCAGGAAAUUCUGGAGACGGGUGAUGCAGACAAACCGUCGGGCUUCAGGAGCGUGAAGGCCCCCACCACAAAGAUCGGCUCCUCCAUGGGAAACGCAGAGAAGUUACCCGUCUGUGACAAAUGCGGAUCGGGGAUCGUGGGGAUGGUGGUGAAGCUGAGGGACAAGUUUCGCCACCCUGAGUGCUACACGUGCACGGACUGCGACAUCAACCUCAAGCAGAAAGGCCAUUUCUUUGUGGAGGAUCAGAUCUACUGUGAGAAGCAUGCACGAGAGCGAGUGACCCCCCCUGAGGGCUACGACGUGGUCACUGUCUUCCCUAAGUAGUCUUCCUCUGCUGGGACCGGCCUCGGACCAUAGAUCUCCAGAACAUUUCCUCCAGCGGGACGGACGCUCUGCCACAUCUAGUCUGCUUUUGCACAUCUAGUAUGGAUGCUCUACGUUCUGUGUAUUCAGUCAUAAAGGAAACGGCGCUUUAUAAUCACAACUUUUCUACUUUGAUACGUUAAUACAGAAAAAGAGGAGAAAUGUUUUUGACCUUCUUUGCCAAAUAAAUCCUUCAGAUGAAA